AUGAGGUCGAGACUUCCGGUCUCAGCGUGGGGACAUGCGGUCCUUCACGCGGCCGAGCUCAUACGCAUCAGGCCAUUAAGUGAACAUAAGUAUUCCCCAUUACAAUUACUUACGAGUCAUGAGCCAGACGUAUCCCAUCUUAGGACAUUCGGCUGUGCCGUUUAUGUUCCAAUAGCUCCACCACAGAGAACAAAGAUGGGACCUCAAAGGAGGAUGGGGAUAUAUGUUGGAUUUGAUUCCCCCACGAUUUUAAAGUAUCUUGAGCCGGGUGAUUUGUUUAAGGCCAUAUAUGCGGAUUGUCAUUUUAAUGAAUCCGAACUUCCAACAUUAGGGGGAGAUAGCAGUAAAAUGGUAAAAGAAAUAUCAUGGAAUCAAACAUCCAUAACUUGGCAAGAUCCCCGAACUCAAGAAUGUAAUCUAGAAGUUCAAAAGAUCAUUCAUUUACAAAAGCUAGCUAAUCAAUUGCCAGAUUCCUUUGCUGACCCGAAAAGAGUGGCAAAGUCAUAUAUACCAGCUGCUAAUGCACCAAUAAGAAUUGGGUUAAUGGAUGUCGUAACCGCAUACCUAUAUGGUCCACUGGAUAAUGAAAUCUAUAUGAAAGUCCCAGAGGGGAUUGAAUUGAAAAUCAAAGAGAGUUCUCGAGAACAACAUUGUAUUAAUCCCAUGGUCGUGAGAUCCCUCGGCCUGGACACUGAUCCCUUCCGUCCCAAGAUGGACGAUGAGGAUGUCCUAGGUCCUGAAAUGCCAUAUCUCAGUGCCAUAGGAGCUUUAAUGUACUUGGCAACUCACACACAGCCUGAUAUAAGCUUUGCCGUGAACCUACUAUCUAGGUUUAGUUCCUGUCCGACCCAAAGGCACUGGAACGGGAUAAAACAUGUUCUUCGUUACUUGCAAGGAACGAAAGACUUGGGUCUAUAUUAUACUAACCAUAACAAAGAUGGUUUAGUUGGCUUUGCUGAUGCUGGUUAUCUAUCAGAUCCACAUCAAGCACGAUCACAGACAGGAUAUGUCUUUACACAUGGAGGUACGGCCAUUUCAUCGCGUUCCAUGAAACAAACCAUCGCGGCCACAUCAUCUAAUCACUUGGAAAUCUUGGCCAUUCAUGAGGCCAGCCGCGAGUGUGUUUGGUUGAGGUCGAUGACCCAACACGUCCGAGCUGAUUGCGGGAUGGCUGAGGACAAAGAGCCAACCGUGAUGUAUGAGGACAAUGCUGCG